AUGGCACUCGAUUACGAUCCGUUCAACCCCCAGGUGCAGACAAGCACCCUCCUUCAAGUAGGGGUGGCACUGAUAUUUGGGCUUCUGGCGUUCCUAUUAUUUUGCGUGUUGCGGUCGAAGUACCCCAAAAUCUACGUCGCUAAGUUCACGGAGUUUAACCAUCGCAACCCUCAUGUGAUAAGGAAGGAAAGCCUCCCCAAGCUACCAUCAUCGUUAUUUGGAUGGAUGCCUGUUCUCUAUCGGGUAUCAGAAGAUCAGGUAUUGGCCAACGCCGGGCUUGAUGCCGCGGUGUUCCUACAGUUCUUCAAAUUCGCCAUCAAAACAAUAGUGGUGUGUUUGGUAUUUGCUUACACGAUUAUCUUACCGAUAAGAUAUCACUUCACCGGCAGAUUUGAUGAUGAGAAGGGGCUUGAUAAGGAGAAGGAUCCCCAGCUUCAGUAUGAGCGCCUUCAGUGGCUCUAUACGGUGUUCACCUACGUGAUCACUCUAUUGGUGCUCUACUUUCUUUUCAAGACCACCCUGAAAAUCAUCGACAUGCGUCAAACGUAUCUUGGAUCGCAAGAUGCCAUCACCGAUCGCACUGUCAAAAUCCAGGGUAUUCCUCCCAUUCUUCGUGAAGAAGGUCAACUUAAACAGAAAGUUGAGGCAUUACAUAUCGGCAAAGUCGAUGAUAUUUUGAUCGUGAGAGAAUGGCACGACCUUAAUGAGCUAUUCCGUCUUCGACGCCGAAUUUUGCGCCAAGCUGAAGUAUACUGGGUUCAGUAUCUCAAACUGUGUGGAAUCAAAAGUAAAACUGAUUUGCUCAGCUCUAAUAUUGAGGUGGAACAUGGUGAUAACGUGGGGAUGAUGUACCGUGAUUUGGAAGCCGGCGAAGUGUCGACACAACUGCUGACACUGCUGCCGAGACCGCUGAUUCUCGACCACAUUUCAGAGAUUGCUGCUCCCACUACUAGCGAAAACCGUCCCACCUUCCAUAAAGGGUGGUUCGGGUUGUUUGGACCCAAAGUCGACGCGAUUAACUACACUUUGGAUCAACUCCGAGUGGUGGACGCUGAGAUCAACAAAGCUCGUCAGAGAGAAUACCCCGCGUCGCUGACAGCAUUCGUCACUAUGGAAUCGGUGGCACAGGCUCAGCUUCUUGCUCAGGCUGUGCUUGACCCUAAGGUGAACCAUCUUAUUACUUCAUCGGCGCCGGCGCCGCAUGAUAUCAUCUGGGACAAUCUUUGUCUUACCAGAAAAGAAAGAAACAUUCGUCGUACCGUUGUAACCUUUUUGAUCUUUUUCGUGUCGGUAGUGAUGCUGUACUUGGUGGUUUACCUUACCAAGUUCCUCAAACUCAAACUGAUUCAGAAAGUGUUACCGGGACUUGCAGAAAUGAUCAAGGCUCACCCAUGGGCUGAAAUUGCCAUUACCCGUAUCCUUCCCCCUUAUGUGUUCACCAUAUUCAAUGUGGUAGUGCCUUACUUAUUUAUUUGGAUCACCGAGAUCCAGGGCUAUGCUCUGCAUUCAGAUGAAGAACUUUCGUCAGUGGCCAAGAACUUCUUCUACAACUUCGUCAAUUUGUUUUUGAUUUUCACAUUAUUUGGUACGGUAAACUUGACCGACACUGGGCUCAUCGCCAAAACUCUUGCCGAAAAGUUACAAGAAUUACUGGUGUUUUACAUUCACUUGACGAUUCUCUUGGGGAUCGGUUUGUUCCCGUAUAAGUUAUUGCUCGUCGGCAACUUAUUUAAUUACAGUUUGGGGUCAUGGUUUGUGUGUAAGACCCCGAGGGACUACCUCAGGAUGUACAACCCACCGAACUUCAAUUUUGGACUCCAGCUUCCCACGCCAAUUCUUGUCUUCAUCAUCACGAUUCUUUACUCCAUCAUGAAUCUGAAGAUUUUGACGGCAGGGUUGGUAUACUUCAUCUGUGGUUUUUACGUUUACAAGUACCAAUUGCUCUAUGCUUGUAUCCACCCACCUCACUCCACUGGCAAAGUGUGGAUUAUGAUUUUUCGCCGGAUCAUCAUUGGGCUCUUAUUGUUCCAGUUGACUAUGGCGGGGAUGCUCGGGCUUCGUAAGGCCUACGUUGGCGCGACGCUCAUUGCCCCCCUUCCGUUAUACACUGUGUACUGCCUUUUCCAGUUUGAAAAGAGCUACGUGCCGCUUGUGGAGUACAUUGCUCUUCGGGCCAUCGACACUCCUGAAAUAUCGAGAGAGCAGACUGUUGACGAACGGCGGGAGCAAACGGAAAAGUACGAGUUCCCUAAUCUCGUACUCCCCUUGAAUGGUCCUGUGAUUGCCGUUGAUUACGAUGAGGAGUUAGUGGUGCAGAACGACGGCCAGAUAGUGAAGCAAACGAGAUAA